CAGUGCUAAGAACCGUAUUAAAAACCAGUGUUAGAUAACUUAUUUCGUAAACAUCUGUUUAAACCGCACACGCGGAAUUUUUGUUUAAAACUUUUACCGAGAAAAAUCACGAUAAAAUGGCCACUAGCGGUACAAUAGUAAUGCCUGGAGAAAGAAUUGCCUCCAUAGAGGAAGUGGCCAAAACCAAGAGGGUCAUUCUGGGACCGGGAUUGCGGAGAGUGGACGACACUGUGGUGGCCAGCAAAGCCGGACCGCUUCGCCACAAGGAACCCAACACCUUUUGGGUGGACAACUACCAGAGGAGAUAUGUGCCCGCCCGCGGAGACCUGGUCCUGGGCAUAGUCAGGUCCAAGGCGGGCGACCUGUAUCGCGUGGACAUCGGAGCCCCGGAAACCGCCUCGAUUUCCUACCUUGCCUUCGAGUCGGCCACCAAAAAGAAUCGCCCGGAUCUCAAUCCCGGGGACCUAAUCUACGCCCGUGUCCUGAACGCCAGCGCCGACAUAGAACCCGAAUUGGUGUGCGUGAAUUCAAACGGAAAGCGUGGGAAACUAGGUGUCCUGCCCGAUGGAUUCUUCUUCAAGUGCAGUCUUAAUCUGGGCCGGGUGCUCCUUCGGGAGAACUGCCCCAUUCUUGCUGCCAUCACCCGGCAGCUGCCGUACGAGAUCGCCGUUGGCGUGAAUGGCCGAAUCUGGGUGAAGGCCCACUCGCUGCGAGAAACUGUGGCCCUGGCCAAGGCCAUUUUGGCGCUGGAGCAGGCCGGAUAUGCGGAAACAGACAAAGUCUGCGACAACCUGGGCGACUACCUGGAGGCAUAGACCUUGCUUUCGGGAUUAGUUAUUAGUUUAUACUUACUUUUAAUAAAAAAUUUCCCUACAAAGUUUA